AUGUCUCGAAUACGACCUCCGGACCACGAUCCUGACCAUGAUCCGGAAUUACACAAUGUCACCUCCCUCGAGAACACAGACGAUGCUCAUGUCGCUGCCAUUCAUCCCCCAUGGAAGCGUCGUCUGUAUAUGCUUCUGGAACGCCCGACUUCGUCCUUCUCUGCUUUCGUCUUGCAUGUCGUGACGACUUUCCUCAUCAUUCUGUCUGCGGUCGUGACUAUUUUGGAGACUAUUCCUUCGUUUCACUCUAUUUCACCUAGGAUCUGGUUCGGUCUAGAGACUUCCCUUGUAGUCCUCUUCACAGUCGAAUACACCGCAAGAUGUGUCGCGCAUUCCUCGGACUUGUGGACGUUUCUGAAGUGGUUUGGAUCAUUCUUCGGCAUCAUUGACCUAUUGGGAAUUUUCCCGUAUUACAUUGAGAUAGCGCUGCGGCAGGAUACUUUCACCUUUUUUAGGUUUACAAUCCUGCGGACGUUCCGACUUCUCCGCGUCUUCCGACCAUUCCGCUAUAAUAACACUAUUCUCCUGCAUGUACCAUUGCACUCGUGUUUCUCCUUGUUGUAUUUCGCUGAACGUGGAACUUGGGAUGAGGUCCUGGGCACAUUCAUCAACUCUGAUGGCGAUCCCAGUCAGUUUGCGUCCAUCCCUGCUGCAGCAUGGUUUGUGAUAGUCACAAUAACUACCGUGGGGUAUGGGGAAAUCACGCCACGGUCUUUUCUUGGCCGUCUUAUCACACUCCCACUCUUGGUCUUCGGCUUGUUGCUUAUCGCUCUUCCCACCUUCGUUCUGGGACGCGAAUUCAGCAUGAUAUGGGAGCUUAUGAAAGAUCAAGUCACGCGAGAAGAAGUACUCAACACUCCUGCGGUCGACCCUCUAACGUCUCCAACCCUGCGAAGACAGUUCAACAUGUCUAUGUCGGAUCUACGUGGUGACCCGACCAUUAUAGGCGCAGGAGUGUGGCGACGCAGAAGAAAUAGUGAAGACGUGAGCAUCCCCUACAGACAAGAUACACACGAGAGCUUGGAUCUUCAAGCGCAAAUUGCUGAGUUGAAGGCGGCGAUCGAGAUACAGGGGUCAAUGCUGCAGCGUCUCGUACAGGCGGUGGAAGGAAAGGGGAAGGGAAAGGAAGAUAGAGGGCAUGAUGAUCCAUUAAUGCGUACUAGAGAGACAAACCCAACAAUCAUUGUGCGCAAAUAA